AGACUGGCCGAUUUCGAUGUCCCUUUCCUCGACAUCCACCGUCAAAGCACAGCUCACGAACGCUUUAGGUCCAAAGGCACCUCAGUACUUCCAUGUUCUGAAAGAAUACCUGUCUGGACGCAUAUCACGCAACGAAUAUGACGACGAAGUGAAGACUUAUCUCGACAGUGUACCUCUACUACAUCUGCAUAAUGCUCUUCUUGUAUCUUUGUUCGAUACCUCGGCGCACCUUGCGCCUGUUACCCCGCCUCCUGAUAUACCCAAACCUCCCUCCCGGAAACGCCGCCGUACGCUUCCAUACCAAGGCCCAGACGCGAUGGAGAUGACUAGCCUCAGGUCAGAGAGGCUGAAGAAGUGGACUGUUGGGCUGGGAAGGCGGGAGCGGGACCGCAUCCGCACGCUUGAGACAGUGGCACUCAACGAAGCCCAUGUGCCUAAACCAUACACGGACGAGAUUGCUGCUGAGCGAGGAGUCCAAUUACUUCCAGAACGAGGAGAGUCGCCCGGUAGUCGAUUACCUCUAAACCUCGCGUCUAUGACACGCGGACCGACCUUGCAACACAUUGCGGAGCGUAUCAAUCUCAUCUCAGCCCAACAUAACUUGAGCGCACCCUCGAAGGAGGUUGCUUCGCUUUUGAUGCUGGCUUUCGAGGCUAAGCUGAAGCAGCUAAUCACGCAAGCUCUAUCCCUAACUUCGACUUCGCAUGCGAUCACAUCAAUCCGAGCCGCUGAACCGCAUUCGCAUAGCUACGUGCUCCCAGCGGCCUCCUUUGACAGUCUCUUCACAGUCUCUCCCGCCGUACUGCCCAAUAAGUCAGCUGCGGCUAUGCGGCUUGCCAUAGGAGAAAAUGAGCCGGCCGAGGACGACUUCACUAUGAAAGACAGGGAGGUCAAGGACCAACGAUGGCAGCUGAUUGCGCUGCUCAGCGAGCGAAGCACGGUAAAGGAGGCCUUGCGGACAUUGCAUUAGUAGCACAGUAUUCUUUCGGCUUACUGCUCUCCGUCUGUGUGGAUUGAUACUUCUUUGUUGUGAUACGUGUAUCACUAGUUUAUGACCUAGCUAUACAGCUGAUGGUUAGCGUGCCCAUUGA